GCAAAAAAAAUUUAAAAAUCAUAACACCAUAACAAUUUAUUAUAAUAAUAAUAAUGAUAUAUAGGUAAUAUUAAUUGUUUUAGCGUGAGAAAAGCGAUUAGGCGUGAACUCGUUUUAAAAUUAAAACAAACCUUUGUGCGUGCCUGUGCCAUUAUGAUAAUAUAAUACUACACUUAUCAUUGUAUUAACUAUCAAUACUCAGUAUAUGUGUACAAUAAAAUAUAGUAUUGAAGUUUUUUUUCGUGUGUAACGUUCAGUCGUUGACAAAAUCAUUUGUAAUCAUAACGUUCGGAUUAUAUGCAUCACGCGGCGUCAACAGCUGAUAAUCCUUUGAAAAACUUUUUCGCUCAGCACAUAAUACCUAUAAUAAUUUACGCACACAGAUUUUUUUAUGCUGGUUAUUACGGUUUUUUUUUUUUUGUCCAGAUUCGAGUAUUUUUUCCUAGCCUGUGUUUUUUCACCCGCGCCGUCUGAAGGGUGAAUAUUAACGCGCGCGUUUUCGACUCCCGAAUUCGAAUAAACUAAACGACGUAGACGAUGAUAAAUUAUAUUAUGUACACCGAUAAUCGGCUUGUAUAUUAUAAAGCUGCUGUAUGUCGAACUCAAGCGACAGAUCGUUCGUUCAAAAUACGUUAAAGAGAUUAUCAUUAAUUACCACUAUGUCUCUAAAUAUACAAUUAGUAUCUAUGCAAUAUGCAAUUAUUUUUACAGCAACCUAUUUUUGGGUGCACGCUCCGAAUCGUACAUAUUAUAUCUGAGAUUUUUGAAUAUUAGUUUAUUUUGAGUACAUCGGUGGCCCUUAUAAUAUGUUUUUAUAGUAUUAAAUUUAGUUUUUCGUUUUUAGAACGGCACAAGAAAUCCGUUUACUUCAGUUCCGGUGCUGACAGGCCGUACCGCAAAUAAUAUAAUAUUAUACAUACUGCUGCAGUAGUAGUAUUAACAUAAAUAUGUUUUUGGGAUGAAUACAAGAGCAAUUAAUGUUUCUGACCGAUUUUUCGUGAGGUUUUCGUUGUCAUGGUUACUUAUGGACAAAAACAUAAUAUCUAUGAUUCACAUUCAAAAAUAUCGAGUGGCGUGCUAUAUGGUUUUGUAUGUUAUGCGUCAUACACGCAUCGCCGCCACUGACCUCGGACCAUCCCAGUUGUUGCUGUUUUUGCUUCAACUGACCGCGAUGGCCGUCCUGACGGGCAGCGUGGACAGGCGUUACGAUCACCACUUGCUGGGCACGAGCUUGGUGUGGAACAGUUCUUACGACCCACGAGCUGUCAUUCACAGUCGGUUUCAGAUGACCCGAACCGGGCGCGUGAUAGUCGUGUCCCCGCGCUUCCGGCCCGGCGUCCCGUUCACAUUGGGCUCGUUCCGAACCGCUGGGACCGGGGAUAGGUGUAUCGUCGAACCGGAUGUGCUGCCACUGCCUUCUACACCCCACGCGCACCGGGCCGAUACUCGGACACCACCGGCCAGCAAAGACUCGGCCCCGGCCCCGCUCGUCAACGUCAUCGACCUCAGCAUCGAAGACAUCACUGACGUGGUGUGGCUGUUAGACGUGGGCUUGGUGGACACGAUGACUGGCAGUCCGAGACGAGUUGCCCCGGCUAAGGUCGUCAGGCUGGAAAUCGACGACGAUCAGGACCACCGAGGACCGCCAAAGUCGUCGUACAAGACGUUCGAGAUCAAGACAGCUGCGGUCGAUACCGCGGACGAUUGCAGCGAGGCCUCGUCGUGUCUGCAAUACAUCGUGACGUACCGUUCGCGGACCGGAGAACGCAACCAUUACGCUUUUGUGUCGGACGCGGCCCGAAGUACGGUUCUGGUGCUAAACACGGAUACGGGAGCCCAGUGGGCCAUGGACUUUCCGCAAAAGGCGACGGGACACGAAGCGGCGCCGCGGGAUAUAUUGUUCAUGGUGCUGCUGCGGAUGGCCAACGGUCAGACAUGGCUGUACACCACGUUCAUGUCCGGUUGCAAAGUGUUCGCCGUCGACCUCGAGUACAUCGAUCGGUGUACGUUGGACGGGGCCCAGCCAGCUAUCGUCGAGGUGGGACACAAACCGUACCGGAUCACGGUGCUCGGUACGGACACCGGCAGCCGCAUGUACUUCCGGCGGCCCACCGAGAACGAGAUAUGGGCGUGGGACGCCAACUAUGGCCCAUUUCACCCGCUCGGCUUCAAACUUGUGUCCAAGGGUACGGACUGUCGGGCCCCGGUGCACGUGGCCCCCGGCUACGGUGGGUUCGUUUACGUGCUCAAGAACAACUUUGCCGACUACGUGCGCAAAAGCACCGGUUCGAUGGGUGCUUACAGCCUCAUACACCCUGUGAUCACGUUGCCCUCGUCCUGUUCGAUAUCCACGACUACCGCGGUGCCGUCCAAAGCCGACAGUUGAGCGUGUGCGCUGACUUGACCUUAUAUUUUCGUCGACUCCAAUAACUAUAUCAUUUUAUGUUUUCGCUUUUCGCUUUUCUGCACAAUUUAUUUAUUUUUUCCGCUCCUACAAUGUCUUUUAUUAAUAAUAUUAUUUUGAUCGAUUUCAUUGAGCUUUUUGAAUCGUCAAUAUAAUCGGUCUAUAUUUUCUCCCAUCUUUCGUUUAUAGUAUAUAAUAUAGUAUCUAGAAUACACUCCAACCAGAUGUAGGAUAUCCAGGAACAAUAACUGUGGUAGGUUAUUAUGGUAACUGAACCGUGCUUUAUAAACACCGAUUUUUAAGUAAAUAAGUUAUAGCCAUUAAUAUUAUAUACAUAAUAAUUAUUAUAACUUCAUAAUAUAUAAGUAUUUAUACCGCGUUAUGAGGCGUACUAUAACAUAAUAAAUACAAUUUCGAAAUUUCAUAGGUUUAUUUUUUGAUAACAUAUUAUUGUUCUAACCGUAAA